AUGUUUGCUUACCGUGAAGAAAUCGAUGGUUUACGAUCAAUCGCCGUCAUUCCAGUCAUAUUGUAUCAUGCUGGCUUUACGAAAUUUUUCGCAGGUGGAUAUAUUGGCGUCGAUAUCUUUUUUGUUAUCAGUGGUUACUUAAUUACUUCAGUUAUCGAACAUGAAUGUGAACAAGAACGCUUUUCAAUAAUCAAUUUUUACGAACGUCGAUGUCGACGUAUUCUUCCUGCAUUGUUUUUCAUCAUUUGUCUCUCUAGUUUAGGUGCUUACUAUCUAAUGUUACCCGAAGAAUUAAAAGAAUAUGGUGAAACAGUCAUUUCAAUCUUGUGUCUUAGUUCAAACGUUUUCUUCUGGUAUAAGAAUGACGGAUAUUUUAGUGAAAUCAACGAAUUGAAUCCAUUAGUACAUACAUGGAGUUUAGCUGUUGAAGAACAGUUUUAUUUCAUAUUUCCGAUCUUGUGCUAUUUAUUACGCAAGAGAAAACGUUGUUUGAUCAUCGUUUUGAUCAUUUGUGCUGGAAUAAGUUUCUUUCUCUGUCAAUGGGGUGGAAAUUUACCUCUAAUAUUCAACCAUCAAUUUUAUAUGUUUUCCCAACCUCAUUAUGCUUCGUUUUAUUUACCAACAGGACGCAUAUGGGAACUGUUAUUCGGUGCUUUCAUCGCAUUUUUUCUCCGAACGCAUGAUCUCACUGAGAAAACCUAUCGUAUUGUCAAUGAAUUCUUUUCAAUCAUUGGUCUCGCAUUAAUCAUUGUUUCAGUGAUAUUUCUGAACAGUCAUCGUAUUCCUUCGUUCCCGAAUUGUUACACAUUACUUCCGACAGUUGGAGCAUCGUUAAUUAUUCUUUUCGGACAGAAAAAUACAUUAGUUGGAUAUCUAUUAAGCACUCGUCUAUUGCGUUUCAUAGGUUUAAUAUCUUAUAGCAUUUAUCUUUGGCAUCAACCAUUACUUGCAUUUCUUCGUUUACAAUCCAACCGAACACCGGAAAUUUUCAUCAUUACCAUAGUUAUCAUUACUGUGUUUCUACUAAGUAUAUUUACUUAUUUUUGCGUCGAACAACCAUUCCGAAAUAAAACACGUUUCACUCGAAAACAAAUCUUUUCCAUGGCAGGAGUGGGCUCGAUAUUAAUUCUUAUUUUGGCACUAGGUUUGAUUCAAACUGCGAAUAGUCGAACAGCGAUUGCUGGUAACGAUGGAGAUACUUAUCUCUCUGACUUACGAAAAUAUGGAAAUUGGCAAUAUGUUGUCAGAGAUUUCAAUCAAUUAGCAAAAAGAAAAACAUUUUCUAAUGAAAGUAACACAAAACUAGUACUGAUUGGUGAUAGUUUCGCUCAAGACUUCUACAACAUAAUUGUCGAAGGCAAAUAUUUGUCAUCGUACGAUAUUCGUGUUUACUAUAUCUAUUCUCGUUGUCAAAUCUAUCUUGGUUCACAAAAUCGAAAACAAUUUAUCGACGUUCAACACCAUCAAACAUGUGCCAAUGAUAAUGAUAUCAAAUUAGCUUUGCCAUUAAUUCGACAAGCGAAUGUAAUUCUUUUAGUUAACAAUUGGUACGAAUGGAGUGCGCGAAGGCUGCCGAUGACGAUCAGAUUAUUGAAUUUAACUAAACAACAAGAAAUCUUCAUCGUCGGACCAAAACAUUUCGGAAAAGUAAAUCCAAAAUUAUAUAUUAACAAGACAAUGGAAUAUCGAAUCAAACAAUUUCAACAUCCCAAAGCUGAAACUAUCAAAGUUAAUGAUUUAUUGGAGAGAACGAUUGAUCCAUCAAUGUAUGUGAAUGUAUUACGAAUGAUUUGUAAUGGUUAUAAUCAUACAUGUCCGUUGUUUACACGAGAGGGCAAGUUAAUCUCACACGAUGGAGCACAUUUGACAAAAUAUGGAGUAAUCUAUGUCGGAAAUAUUAUCUUUCAAAAUAAGCCAUUGAAUCGAUUAUAA